AUGAAAUCAUCUGGUACUAUAUGUUUGGCAGUCUUUUAUCUUUUGAAUUUGUUUGCCAUAUUUUCUGACAGUGCUGAAUGGAUUAUCACAUGUAACAGAACAACGUGUUGUGACGAAGAUGGAGACUCUAAGAUAUGCUGUGUCGGUAAUGAUUGUAAGGAUGUCAGAAAACCAAGACUUUCUGGAGCAGAUGAUGUCAAUUUAUAUCGGAGAAAACUUGGGAUGGCUCACAAACUAGGAGAGUUACUAAAAAAACUUAAUUGA